AUGCUGUGCAACCUGCGGUGGCUGUCGAGAGGUGUUCAUUUGAGGAAACUCAUCACGCGACACUCUUCGCCGCUAAUUUUGAAUGGACAUGAAUGGAUAUAUCUGGGAACGUUCAUAGCGGCAAGUGACUCCGUCGUUAUGCUUCUCAACUCAAGCGCAACAGAGCAGUCGUUUGCAAGUGGAUACGAACCCCGAAUGCUUUGGGAAGCAUGGCUUAGCCGUGUCGUUGCGUUCUUGGUGGAUUCUCAUGGAACAGAAUGGCCCUGCGUCAAAGUGAAGAAUCUAGAUCUUAGGCACCUUUCGAACCACUUAGUUCAAGGCUGCAUUGGCCGGGCAUUUGGUUGCCUCGGUACAUUUCCGUUGUGA